AUGAAGGCACCUUUUUGUGACCAGAUUGCAACGAUCAAUUAUAGAACCACUCCAACCAGGGGCGAGGAAGUCCUGGAGAUAACCGAUGGUAUUGAUGUUGACCUUGCCGUAGAAAAUAGUGGAUCUUCGUCUUUGGCCAAGAGUCUGAGGUGUACGCGAAGAGGCGGCAUCAUCAGCCAAGUAGGAUACCUCGGCAUCAACGCUGGCCCUUUGUCUGAUAUGGAGGAUCUGUACUCCGCUUUGGAAGCCACAAGAAUGCAACUUGACGACAUUGUACAGAAUGUUUACCCAUUUCAUGAGGCUGAGGAGGCGGUACAGUCUCUUUGGGAGGAUAACCUGAAAAUAUACCUAUAG